CCCCUAAGGAGGCACCGAGCUCCGUCGUCUCGUUUCCGGCGGUCGCGCGCUCUUUUCUCGGGACGGUAGAGGCCGUGUAGCGUCGCCGUUACUCUGAGGAGAGAACAGUGGUAGAGGGGUGCAAAAAUGCAGAGCAAUAAAACCUUUAACUUGGAGAAGCAAAACCAUACUCCAAGGAAGCAUCAUCAGCAUCACCACCAGCAGCACCACCAGCAGCAACAGCAGCAGCCACCACCGCCACCAAUACCUGCAAAUGGGCAACAGGCCAGCAGCCAGAAUGAAGGCUUGACUAUCGACCUGAAGAAUUUUAGGAAACCAGGAGAGAAGACCUUCACCCAACGUAGCCGUCUCUUUGUGGGCAAUCUUCCUCCUGACAUCACUGAGGAGGAGAUGAGGAAACUAUUUGAGAAAUAUGGGAAGGCAGGCGAAGUCUUCAUUCAUAAGGAUAAGGGCUUUGGCUUUAUCCGCUUGGAAACACGAACCCUAGCGGAGAUUGCCAAAGUAGAACUGGACAACAUGCCACUCCGUGGAAAGCAGCUGCGUGUGCGCUUUGCCUGCCAUAGUGCAUCCCUUACAGUCCGAAACCUUCCUCAGUAUGUUUCCAAUGAACUGCUGGAGGAAGCCUUUUCGGUGUUUGGCCAGGUGGAAAGGGCUGUGGUCAUUGUGGAUGAUCGAGGAAGGCCCUCAGGAAAAGGCAUUGUUGAAUUCUCAGGGAAGCCAGCUGCUCGGAAAGCUCUGGACAGGUGCAGUGAAGGCUCCUUCCUGCUAACCACAUUUCCUCGGCCUGUGACUGUGGAGCCCAUGGACCAAUUGGAUGAUGAAGAGGGACUUCCAGAGAAGCUGGUUAUAAAGAACCAGCAGUUUCACAAGGAGCGAGAGCAGCCACCCAGAUUUGCACAGCCUGGCUCCUUCGAGUAUGAGUAUGCCAUGCGCUGGAAGGCACUCAUUGAGAUGGAGAAGCAGCAGCAGGACCAAGUGGACCGCAACAUCAAGGAGGCUCGUGAGAAGCUGGAGAUGGAGAUGGAGGCUGCUCGCCAUGAGCACCAGGUGAUGCUGAUGAGACAGGACUUGAUGAGGCGCCAGGAAGAACUUCGGAGGAUGGAGGAGCUGCACAACCAAGAAGUGCAAAAACGAAAGCAGCUGGAGCUCAGGCAGGAGGAGGAGCGUAGGCGCCGCGAGGAAGAGAUGCGACGGCAACAGGAAGAAAUGAUGCGGCGACAGCAGGAAGGAUUCAAGGGAACAUUCCCUGAUGCGAGAGAACAGGAGAUACGGAUGGGCCAGAUGGCUAUGGGAGGUGCUAUGGGAAUAAACAACAGAGGCGCCAUGCCCCCUGCUCCAGUGCCAGCUGGUACUCCAGCUCCUCCAGGACCUGCCACUAUGAUGCCAGAUGGAACCUUGGGAUUGACCCCACCAACAACUGAACGCUUUGGCCAAGCUGCUACAAUGGAAGGAAUUGGGGCAAUUGGUGGAACCCCUCCUGCAUUCAACCGUGCAGCUCCUGGAGCUGAAUUUGCUCCAAACAAACGUCGCCGAUACUAAUAAAAAUUUCAAUGUCUAGUUUCUCAAAAACCCUUUAAAGAAGGACCCUUUUUGGACUAGCCAGAAUUCUGCCCUGAAGUGUUAGGGAUUCCUCCCAAUAGUUAGGUCUUCCUUGCCUGUACUACUCUGAGGGAGUUUGCUGGAGGCUGAGGGCAAGGGAGGGGCGAUAUUUAACAAAUCAGUUCAGUGUGGUAUAUCGUUUAACUAAUCGAUUCUGUGUGGUGCAUUCCUGAAGUCUCAUGUGAUUGUUGAGGGCCUGGGGUGGGGGGAACCAUGGCAAAAUGGAUCCAGUUAGAGCCCCCAUUAAUCUUGAUCAUUCCAUUCUUUGUCCAUCCUGUUCUAUUUGGUUUCUCAUUAUACCCUUCAACCCCAGAGACACUGCCACAUACGCCACAAAAAUAAAUCCCCCAAUGACCUUAGCCCCGUUGUUCCAUUCAUUCACAGAUGGGAAUUCAGGCAAAUGUCCACAGAGGUCACAGACAGCAUACAUACGGUUCUGUUAUAUCCCAUAUAUUACCCCUUCAUGUCCUAAGGAAGACAUUUUCUCUUAGAGAUUUUCAUUUUAGUGUAUCUUUAAAAAAUCUCGUGUUAAG